AUGGCGUUUCGUUUAGAUUUAAAUAGUGAAAUCUUAGCUGCAGACGAUGAAAAUACAACCCAAAUCAAUCAAAUGAGAGAAAAGAACAACAGCAGUAAUAUUAUACAAUCCGUGUUUGAAAUUAUUUGGCUUGAUGAGGAUUCAACUCACAGACGUUAUCUACAUGUAAUAGAUUACUUAAAACAAAGAAUUAAUCAUUUAAAUCCAUUUCAUAAUUCAAUUGAUUGCAUAACUUAUUUAAAAAAUCUUGAUUAUCGGAUAAAAGUCUUAUUUGUUAUUGCCGGUGAUUCAGCUGAGUAUUUUAUUCCACUUAUUCAUCAUUUAGUACAAAUAAAAUUCUUUUACAUUUAUUCAGAUCACCAGUGUGAUCAGCCUGGUUGGAUAUAUAAUUAUUCGAAAAUUUGUGACGUAUUAAUUAAUGAGUAUGAUCUUUCCACUUGUCUACGAGAAGUUAUUCAAAUGUCAGUAAAAACCAUGGAUGAUAAAAAUUUACGCUUUGUGCCAAAUAUAACAGUGUCUAAUGAGCCUUUAUGGUUCUCCUCAUUUAUCGACGUCUUACUAAAACUGGAUGAAGAGCAUGCCGAUAUUAUUAGUCAUGAUAAGUGGGAAGAAUGUCGAUUAUAUAUCAGAGAUAAUGAUACGGAGUUAAAAGCUCUAUCGAACAUUCAACGUACAUACACAUCAAGUGAUGCCCUAACAUGGUAUACAACAACUCAAUUUUUAGCUCACCUAGUAAAUAAUGCGUUAGAAACAGAAAAUAUAGAUAUGAUAUUUAAAUUUCGAUUUUUUAUCAAAGACAUCUAUGAACAAUUGCUAAAAAACUAUGCAAACUUUAUUACAUCAUUACCAAGUCAUAGUAUAAAAGUAUAUAGACUUAUGAUAAUGACCGUCAAGGAACUGAAUAAAUUACGUACGAAUACUACUGGAUAUAUUAUGAUAAAUACGUUUCUAUCUGCAACACGAGUGAAAAAUGCUGCGUUAGAUAAUGAUACAAGACAGAAUUCAUUGUAUCAUAAAUUUGUCCUACUGGAAAUUGAUAUUUCGAAAUCAUGUCAUAAUACACGACCAUUUGCUAAUGUUUCUGUACUACAGCAUUAUCCUAUUUCUCAUGAAAUAUUGUUUAUGGCAGCAACCACUUUUCGAAUACAUUCGAUCAAUGAGGAUAGUACCAAUGAUCUACUUAUCAUUCAAUUAACACCAAUACUUGACGAUGAAAAUACGGCU